AUGACUUAUUUAUUUGUAAUUUGGUUAGGUGAAAAACCUAUUGAAAAAGUUUUUACAUCACUAAGAAUAAUUCUUUGGUCAAAUGUGUUGAAUAAAAUUUUUCACCAAACAAAAAAUUCAUUUCUUAUGAUGUUUGAUAAUGAUUUAAAUCGUUCAUUUAUUGAUCUUAUUCAAAAAUUAAAUUUAAUUAAUGAUGAAGAACAAUAUUUUCUUGAAAUAUCUACAAAUGAUCAACAACAAACAAUUGAAAAUCUUCUUAAAAAUUCAAAAUUUAUUUCUCAUGAUAAUGAUAAUCGAUUAAUAGUAAAUAUUGAGCAUGUUGAUAAUGAUUAUCUAUUAAAAUCUUCAAAAGAUAUUUCGAUUCGAAUACCAGAUGAUAAUCGUUUAUUUGAUAAAUUAUACACAUUUGGAAAAGUAUUAGAAAAAUACAAGGAUGAAAUUCAAAUUAUUCAUAUAUGUGAUUUUCAAUCUCAAUAUCAAUGUGAAUUAUUUGUUAUUCUAUCAAAAAUAAUUUAUAUGAAUUAUUCUCAUUUAAAACAAUAUUUUCUAACAUUAGCACCUGCUGUUAUUGGUGAUGAUCGACCAUCAAUGAAAUAUGAUGAACUAUCUGUUGAUAAUUAUAUUAAAGAAGUGUUGGCAAAGAUUGUUAAUGAACGUGCUGUUGCGAGUCCUUUCAUUUCAAUGGCUGUAUUUAAAUUACAAUUAAUGUGUCGAAAAGCAAAUUCAAUUGUUCAUUUACGAUCGAAUCUUGAAACAAAUCACGAUACUUUAUUUUUGUUAUAUACAGGUGCACGUUUAAUGUCAAUUCUAAAUAAUUAUAAUGAAAAAUAUCAAAAUGGUUUGUAUCCAACACGAGAAUUUUUUAACAAAACACUUGGAGAUACAUUGAUGACUAAAGAUGAACAAGAAUUCCUCAAAUGGGUUGAUUCAUUUGAAUCUCGUUUUCUUAUUAUUACGCUUGAUAAUGGAAAUAAAAUUCAAAUUAAUCUGGAUAAGGUACAAUCUUAUGAUACUAAUUAA